AUGGCCUCAGCCGAUGAGAAUGGCGAUCAGGCUUCAUCGCGCCCGCCUAGCCCCGACGAACGAAAGCCAUCACACAAUUACGAUAGCGACGACGUUGGAGAGAUGAGCUUUGCCAACGAGAGCACUGCGCGGGCCUCGCCCAAACAGAAGCCUUCACGGAGGUCUCAAGGUGCAAACGCCGGCGGUGGAUUCCCAACCAUUGGUAAAAUUCGACACCUCAAGAAGGAAGAUGGCGAGCCUCUCUGGCGAAAGGACAUACAGUACGACUUUCUGAGGGCCAUCUUUGACAACGAAAAGAAGGUCUUCGUCAACAGCUACGACUUACAGAGCAAGGAGAAGCAGACUUUUGCCGACUUGUAUAUUGAUACAAUGGCAAGAAGUAGCAAGACCAGCAAAGUUCUUCGCGACAAGCUGCUUAGUGACCGCGAAGCCGCCAAGAGCAUGGCAAUGGUCUGUCUACUGGUCAAUGUCGGCAGAAUGAACACCACUCUCAACUUCUUCCCCGAGAUGCGAGCACAACUCCGAACCUACCACGCUAUCCCUUCGUUGCAAGCCUACCAAGAUGCGUCGGCUUACAAGCAGCUCCAAGAUGCUCCGCGGCUCAAGUCUAUAUUAAAGGGUGCGGCUGAAGACAGAUCGGAGCCUCGCGACCUUAACAACUUCAAGGAUCUUCCUGUCCCGAGAACUAACCCCGUCAACAUCAUCUUCCUCAUCUGCCAGCAGGCAGCACAGAUUGCCGAGCUCCACUUUCCCAAGGGCAGCGAGUUUCACGAUCUUAUCAUGAGAACACACUUCAGCAGUGCCUCGAGAGCCAAUGCCUUCUUGUGGGUGGUUUGGCAAUACCUCGAGUCCGACUUCACUGAGGAAGGCUGCGAGGAAAACCCCUUUGGGGCUGGUGUCGAUUAUGGCAAUGGACUUGCCAAUCAGGGAAUACCGAGACUCAAGGAAAUGACUGAAGCCGAGGAAGCGUUGGAGAAUAACGAUCCCCCACUGGAAAUCGAAUUCGGACAUGAGAAGCAAGCACACCGAGCCAAGAUCAUUGCCGCAGACCAGGCCUAUCUCCAGGAGCACCAAAGCAAGAACCGCAACCAGAGGGGCAAGCUGAUGAACGACGAUAGCCCUUCGGCUACCAUUCUGCCUCGCAUUCGGCCGUCCAAGCACGAGUCCGACAUCGAUAGUGCUAGGUCCACACCGCCCCCAAGAGCUCUAAGCCGCAUGGCAGCUAGUAGUGCUGGCAUACCACGCCGCUAUGGGACCUCAUACAAGACCCAGAUUGAUCCGUCGUCACCUGCCGGUCCAGGCUUUGAUGGUGUCAUGCCGCGGAAGCCCCGUCCACCGACGGCACAUCAGCUCGCUGUCGAGCGCAACCGUAACCAGCGCGUAGAGUACAUCCUCAGCCGCGACUUGCGGAGAGAGCAUCACAAGGCUCGCAAGCUCAGACGGCAAGAGGGGGUGAUUGUUCGAACCAAGCGUCGCCUGGAACAAAUGCAUGACCCCUUGGCCGACAGUGACGAAGAAGACUAUCGUUACCUUGACAAGUCGAGCGAAUUCCGGGGCAAGGGCUUGGGCGGCCUCGUCCCACUUGCUGUCGAAACUGACGACUUUGGAGAAGAGCUGGCCACCUAUUCUGCGUCUCUGCGUCGUACAAACCGUCGUAUGAAGCGAUGGGAGCAAGACUCGGAUACGCGCGUCGUGCGUCCAGUUAAGAACCCACGCCUUCAGUCAUUGCGAUACAGUCAAUCCCCUGUUCUUGGAAAUGGCCGGGCUUCGAAAGCCGCCUCGGAGAGCUUUAGAAGUGAUGCUGGGCGCUCAGGCUCACAAGGCAAUGGCGACAUCGAUAUGCAGGAUGCUGACGACUUGGACGAUGUGGAUAAGGAACUGCUUGGACUUGCCGGCGAGGAAGACGACGGAGGUGAUGAAGAGCUCGACGAUGUUGACAAGACACUUCUGGGCAUGGGCGACUCGGAUAGUGAUGAACACUAA